CUGUGCUCGCUCGGCUUCUAAUGUCUGAUCAUUGACUUAACUCGCAGUUAAGUGGGGCGUACUGUGCUGUGUUUGAAAGACGCAUUUCUGUUGUGAGCGUCGCUGAAAAUGCGCAAAUUAAACGAAAAUUGAAGCUGCCAGUUUGAUUUAGAGUCUUCAAACAACGAUGUCUAAUGCAUAAGUAAAUGGAAGGAGACUGCAGGAGAUGGCCACCGGGGAGAAUUCUCUGCCAUCGUCCUCAUCAGACUGGAGCGUCGAGCCACCGGUCAUCUCGCCUGCCAGCCCUUCCCAUCUGACUCACUUCAAGCCACUCACGCCGGAGCAGGACGAGCCUCCCCUGCGGUCCGCGUACAGCUCCUUUGUCAACCUGUUUCGUUUCAACAACAAAGAAGAUGGCCGACCUGCUAAUGCGGUCUCUGACAAACUGGAUGAGCCGACCCCUUCACCUCAGUCGGAGAGUCGGAGCUGGUCAUCCAGCCCUUCCCACUCUUCCUAUGGCUCAAGGACACUGAAAUGGAACUCACAUUCCGAGCACAUCAGACGGACUUCAACUGCUUCUGAUAACAGCAGGAAGUCAGAUGCACCACUGAACAAUCAUGACCCUCGAACAGCUGUGCAGCUUCGCACAGCACUGAAACGACUCAAGGAAAUUAUGGAUGGAAAGAGUCAGGACAGUGACCUGAAGCAGUACUGGAUGCCUGACAGCCAGUGUAAGGAGUGUUAUGAUUGUAAUGAGAAGUUCACCACAUUCCGUCGGCGCCACCACUGCAGGUUGUGUGGACAGAUUUUCUGCAGUCGCUGCUGCAACCAGGAGAUCCCCGGAAAGUUCAUGGGAUAUACAGGAGACUUGCGAGCCUGUACAUAUUGUCGCAAAAUAGCACUCAACUAUGCUUACUCAACGGAGUCGGGGUCCAUUGCCGAGGACCUGAACGUCUUGUCUGACUCUUCCUGCUCUGUGUGUGUGUUGGAACCCAGUGAGCCGCGGACGCCCGUGGGCGGACGCAAGGCAAGCAGGAACAUAUUUCUGGAAGAAGACCUCACCUGGCAGAGCAUGCUCCAUCAAGAACCACAGAAGAGUGUCCUCCCUUCCAGACUUGGCACACUACAAGAAGAUGUGGGUAAAUCUCCCACAAGGAAGAGGUCUGCCAGUGUCUCUAACCUGUCUCUGGACCGCUCUGGAUCCAUGGUGCCAUCAUACGACAGUUCGGUCAGCCCACCCACCACGCGAGCCUUGUCUGGUGCCAAGAGCAUCACCAAGCUGGACCACAGCGAGGAGGAGAGGAAGAGCCUUCUGGACUCAUCGCAACUCAAGGACUUGUGGAAGAAAAUUUGCCACAACAACACUGGGAUGGAGUUCCAAGACCACAGGUACUGGCUGAGGACCUACCCUAACUGUAUUGUGGGGAAGGAGCUGGUAAACUGGCUGCUGAGGAACGGCACUAUCUCCAACAGGGCCCAGGCAAUAGCUAUCGGCCAGGCCUUGGUUGAUGGGCGCUGGUUGGACUGUGUCACACACAACGACCAGCUGUUCAGAGACGAGUACGCGCUUUACCGCCCCCUGCAAAACACAGAAUUCUCUGAAACACCUUCUCCAGACAGCGACAGCGUCAACUCUGUGGAAGGCCAUUCUGAGCCAUCCUGGUUUAAGGACAUUAAGUUUGACGACAGUGAUACAGAGCAGUUAGCAGACGAGUCUGACUACAAUAUAUUGGGCUCUGCCAGCCUCAGCAAGAGGACGUCCAUCAGCAGCUCCCAAUCUGUGGUGGACAGUGAUUCGGCUGCCUCGAUCAGCCUCAACAUGGAGCACAACAAUGUCAACUUCCACAUUAAGAAGCAGGCCAAGUAUCCGCAUGUGCCCCCUACUGCUGAGCAGAAAGCUGAAUUUCUGAUGUCAGAGGAUGGAGGUCAGAACAUCGUCAUCAGUGAUGCCUUCAUCAAAGAAUCUCUUUUCAACCGGCGUGUGGAGGAGAAAGCUAAAGAGAUGCUAUUCACACCUUUGGGUUGGCACCACAGCUCAUUGGACCAGCUCCGAGAGGAGAAUGGAGAGAAGAAGGCUAUGGAGAGGCUGCUCUCUGCCAAUCACAGCCACAUGAUGGCACUGCUGCAGCAGCUGCUCUACAGUGAAUCACUGUCAUUGUCCUGGAGGGACAUCAUUGUGCCAGUUGUCCGCCAGGUGGUCCAGACAGUGCGGCCUGAUGUCCGUAACUGUGAUGACGACAUGGACAUCAGACAGUUGGUCCAUAUUAAGAAGAUUCCUGGAGGCAGAAAGUUUGAUUCGUCUGUGGUAAAUGGCUUUGUUUGCACCAAGAACAUCGCCCACAAAAAGAUGAAUUCCUACAUCAAGAACCCCAAAAUUCUACUGCUGAAGUGCUCCAUUGAGUAUCUUUACAGAGAGGAAACCAAGUUUACUUGCAUUGAGCCCAUUGUUUUGCAGGAGCGAGAGUUUUUGAAGAAUUAUGUUCAGCGUAUCGUGGACGUCCGGCCCAACCUGGUCCUGGUGGAGAAGACAGUGUCUCGUAUUGCUCAGGACAUGCUGCUGGAGCAUGGAAUCACUCUGGUGAUCAACGUCAAGCAGCAAGUGUUGGACCGAGUGAGUCGAAUGACCCAAGGUGACCUAGUCAUGUCCAUGGAUCAGCUUCUUACCAAGCCUCGACUGGGCACCUGUCACAAAUUUUUCAUGCAGCCCUUCAUCCUGGCCAGUGAUGAUGUCAAGACAUUGAUGUUCUUUGAAGGCUGCGCUCCCCACCUGGGAUGCUCCAUCAAUCUGCGUGGUGCCUCUGAGUAUGAGCUUGCCCGCGUGAAGGAGAUCAUCAUGAUGAUGAUCUGCGUAGCCUAUCACUCGCAGCUCGAGAUCUCCUUCCUCAUGGAUGAGUUUGCCAUGCCACCCAGCUUAUCUCAGACCUCCUCCUUUCCCUGCCUGCUAGAAGGACUGUCCUCCAAGGCAGACGCAGAUACCGAACACAUCGAUGAGCAAAGCCAUGACACAACUGUGAGAACUUCUGAUGAUGAUUGUGCAAUGCCUGGACAGCCUGAGGAUGAUGAAUUUCCCCUUGGAAUAGAAAGACAGGACCAUCCAAGUUUAUCUGCUUCCUCUGUCCAAAGUGAGGAAGCUGGAAUCAAAGAGACUUUGACUCCGUCACCAUUUUCCAGCUCUCCGGCUGUUCCUCUGUCUGUAUCCCCACCGUUUCUCAUGCAGGAAGAUCAGCAGAUGACAAACAUGUUCAGCAGGACCUGUGAUGACAGCACUUCGGAACAAGGAAAUCAGGAAAAGGAAGAGUUGGAAAGCACUGACAAUAAGGCAUCGGAAACAUCAACACCCAGGUUGUUUCGCGACCCUCUACAGGAUGAUACGGGCAUGUUUGUGGCGGAGCAGGUGACGUCAACCGAUGACCGCCUGAAGUCCAUCUCUGCUGUCUUCAAGCAGGAGCUUAAGGACAUCAUCUUGUGUAUCUCACCUUUCAUUACAUUCCGAGAACCGUUCCUCCUCACACCUGCUGGCAUACACUGCCCCAGCAGAGAUUACUUCCCUGAAAAGGUCUACCUGUCGCCCCUCCUCAGCAAGGACUUCAAAGAACUGGACGGGCGCCGGAAGCGGCAGCUCCUCAAAGACUCUGCAUCCUCCUCGGUGGUGGGAAGUCAGACCAAUGGCGUGGCUCCAAUAAAGCCCAUCGACGUCCUCCCAUGUCACGGCCUUACCAGCACCCGUAUCGUUGACCAACUGAGUAGCUGCCAGGACCUCGCCAAUUUGUUGGCAGAGUACAGAGCAAAGGGAGGGCGAAUUAGGCAGAAGGAAGCCAGUGACCCUUUCAAUUCUGCCACGACAACUGGUCUGUUGAAUUACCACACCAGGACUGAGGAGACAUCAUCACCACCCAUCAAGGGGCCAGCAAAGACCGAGAGUGAAGAUGACAAACUUAUCAAGCAGAGUGAGAUGAGCUUGGCCCCAAAGAUGGACUGUCUAAACCCUGUCAAUCAUCAGCGACUAUGUGUGCUAUUCAGCAGCUCGUCAGCUCAAUCUAGUAAUGCACCAAACCCUUGCGUCAGCCCCUGGAUUGUCACCAUGGAGUUCUACGGAAAGAAUGACCUCUCACUUGGUGUAUUCCUGGAGCGAUACUGUUUCAGGUCAUCUUACCAGUGUCCAAGCAUUUUUUGUGAGACUCCUAUGGUGCACCACAUCCGCCGCUUUGUUCACGGCAACGGCUGCGUGCAGAUUGUCCUGAAGGAGCUCGACUCUCCUGUUCCUGGUUACCAGCAUACAAUUCUCAACUACUCCUGGUGCCGCAUCUGCAAACAGGUAACACCUGUGGUGCCAUUGUCCAACGACUCAUGGUCUAUGUCCUUUGCCAAAUACCUGGAGCUGCACUUCUAUGGACACCAGUACACGAGGCGGGCCAAUGCAGAGCCCUGUGGACACUCCAUCCACAAAGACUACCACCAGUACUUUUCCUACAACCAGAUGGUGGCCUCCUUCAGUUACACGUCUGUGAGGCUGUUGGAGAUUAGUCUUCCUCGUCCCAAGAUUUUCAUCAGGAACCUGGGGCCUUCCAAAGCCAUUCUACAGCAGGACUUGAAAGACUUCUCUCAAAAAGUAACGCAGGUGUACUUGGCCAUUGAUGACCGCCUCACCUCUCUGAAGACUGAGACCUUCAGUAAAUCGCGAGAGGAGAAGAUGGAGGACCUAUUUGCCCAGAAAGAUAUGGAGGAAGCCGAGCUGCGCAGCUGGAUUGAGAAGCUCCAAGCACGACUUCAGGCCUGUUGUAUGGAUUCUCCGCAGCAGCUCCAGGCAGUCCUAGAGUCUCUGGUGAUGAAGAAGCAGAGCCUCUGUGAGAUGCUGCAGUCGUGGAACAGCAGGUUGCAAGACUUGUUCCAGCAGGAGAAAGGCCGCAAGCGUCUGUCGGUACCCCCUAGCCCAGGCCGCCACCGACAGACUGCUGCUGAUGACAGUAAGAGCACCUUGGACUCUUCACCCCGUAACCCCUCGCCAGUGGUGCAGAAUGGUGAUAAAGAGGAUCGUCACCUUAACACAUUGCCCUCCACAUCCACCUCUUCCACCAUGCUGCUGUCGCCCGGGGAACCUGGAGCUGAGCCUGUCACGCCUUGCCCCUCUUUCACAGAGCCAGAUUCUGUCAGCAUCCCAGAAGACGUGUUUGACGGACACUUGCUGGGCUCCACUGACAGUCAGGUGAAGGAGAAGUCGACCAUGAAGGCCAUUCUUGCAAACUUCCUGCCAGGCAACAGCUAUAACUCAAUUCCCUUUCCAUUUGAUCCAGACAAGCAUUACCUGAUGUAUGAACAUGAGCGAGUGCCCAUUGCCGUGUGUGAAAAGGAGCCGAGCUCAAUCAUUGCCUUCGCGCUCAGCUGCAAGGAGUACAAAAUGGCACUGGAUGAAUUGUCCAAGUUGUCCAAUGCAGGAGCCGACGAGGUGUCACAAACCAACAGUGGCGAGAGCCGAGCCAAGGGCAGCCCUGCCAGGCUUGUCGAGUCAUCCGUGCAGAGCCGAUGCAGCACAGAACCUGACCCACCUCAGGACGCUGAUGUGACUGAUAAACAAAAGAAGCAGUCUCAGAAUCCACACAUUGAGCUGCAAUUUUCAGACGCCAAUGCAAAGUUCUACUGUCGGAUCUACUAUGCAGCAGAGUUCCACAGGAUGCGCGAAGAGAUCUUGGAGAGUGCUGAAGAGGAUUUCAUCCGCUCGCUGUCCCACUGCGUCAACUGGCAGGCACGCGGCGGAAAAUCUGGAGCAGUCUUCUAUGCCACUGAAGAUGACCGGUUCAUCUUGAAGCAGAUGCCCAGACUCGAAGUCCAGUCCUUUCUCGACUUUGCUCCUCAUUACUUUACCUACAUCACCGGAGCUGUGCAACAGAAGAGGCCAACUGCGCUGGCGAAGAUUCUCGGCGUUUACCGCAUUGGUUACAAGAACUCUCAGAACAACACUGAGAAGAAACUGGACCUGCUUGUGAUGGAAAACCUUUUUUAUGGGCGCAAGAUGGCUCAGGUGUUCGACCUGAAGGGUUCGCUUCGAAAUCGUAACGUUAAGACGGACUCAGGCAAGGAGAGCUGUGAGGUGGUGUUGCUGGAUGAGAACCUGCUCAAACUCAUCUACGACAACCCACUGUACAUCCGCUCCCACUGCAAGUCGGUGCUGCGCGCUGCCAUACACAGUGACGCGUACUUCCUGUCCAGCCACCUCAUCAUCGACUACUCGCUGCUGGUGGGACGCGACGACGCCACUGAUCAGCUGGUGGUCGGGAUCAUAGAUUACAUCAGGACAUUCACUUGGGAUAAAAGGCUGGAGAUGGUUGUGAAAUCUACUGGGAUUCUGGGAGGUCAAGGAAAGAUGCCCACCGUGGUGUCGCCUGAGCUGUAUCGUGCCCGCUUCUGCGAGGCCAUGGACAAGUACUUCCUCAUGGUGCCCGACCACUGGACCGGAUUAGGUGUCAACUGCUGAGCGGAAAACACCCCUGGAAUGCUAGAAAUUGUGAUCCAAAUUUUUUUUCACGCUGGAAACAUUUUUAAACAUUUUUAUUUGCCGACAGAGGACCAUGUCAACGUUCCGUACAAGCUAAAUGGUAUUCUGGCAUCUUUUUUAAGGAGUCCACUUUUGCGGAGAUUGAGUUGUUAUUUUAUCAUGUUGACCCCUGAUGAUAAACAUUAUAGUUUGCAACUGCAAUUUAAAAUUUGAAUAUGUACAGAGAUUAUGUAACAAUUAAAAUAUUAACAUUGAUCUUUAAUUUGCUUCUAUCAUCGUUCUUAUCUUUAAACCUACAUAUCCUUUACAUUUUUCAUACCCGAACCUUCUUACCCACAUACCAU